AUGUUCACUGAUCCAAAUACCCUGGAACAAGAGGAAUUUGUGGAGACACAGUACUACAAAGAGUUGGAUUCUAUUGACAAACAACACUACGCGACUGGAAGUGGGUUUAUAAAGGUAGUGAGUGAAAAGAGUGAAGAAGAAUAUGCCCUUCAGUUGCCAGGAGCUGAAGAAAACAUUAAUGGAGGAUACAGAAAAAUGGGCAGAGAAAAGACAACAAAAAUGCUGAAGAUUAUGGGAGGAGUGGAGGAGAUAGUCGGGAAUACUCUCACUGCCUAUAAGGCAGCACAUGAUAGGUUUGAUUUGGAUUUGCGCUUAUUUGGUGAAUGUGUGCUUCUAAGAAUGCCUACUCCAACAUAUUGGUCUUAUGAUGAUCAGAAGGGCAUUUUUACCUUGGACAGAAAGUCUUCCUCUGACAGCUUCGAUUCAUCUUUUAAGUCGUUCAGUGAGAUCUUAGAUUCAUCUGUAAAAUGGGCGACAAUAGCUUCUAUUGUUUCUGGAGUGGUGAUAACCGUUGCAAUUGUGGCUAUAGUAUUUGCAAUAAUUGACUGCUUGAAGAAAACAGGAAGCGCAAUUCCAAUGUACGCCCGGAUAGCCACCAAUGAGAAAAUGAAGGCUACAGAGCAACCUCUUACAAGCGACAGCGUCGCAGUGGCUAUACCACCCAAUUACCCUUUGAUUAUGGACUCGCAGGUUCAAGGAGCUACUGAGGAGAGAAUUCUCUGCAACAUUGCCAGAGAGAAGCCCAUCGCGUUUUCGCGUCAGGAGAUUGAAGAGAAUUCACCAAAGACUAUACCAAAUUGGGUUCUGGUGCUUUUGGAGUCGUGGUUCAAGGAGAGUUCCCAGAUGGACGGCAAGUGGCUGUCAAGUUGCUUCACAAUAACCCGGACAUGAGAAUCGAAGAACAAUUCAUGGCUGAAGUAAGCACUAUCGGAAGAACUUAUCAUUUCAAUCUGGUGAGACUUUAUGGAUUCUGCUCUGAUCCCAAAAUGAGGGCACUUGUUUACGAGUUCAUGGAAAAUGGUUCCCUAGACAAAUUUUUGUUCAGCGACUCGGAGAUGGAGUGGGGGAAGCUACACGAGAUUGCAAUAGGAAC